GUUGUAAUUUUUUUUCAAUUUCAACUGGAGCGGUUCGGCCCGGACGGUGAAAACUGAGAAAACCUUAAAAAUCGCGUCGUUCCAAUGAAUCGCCGGGAAAGGCCGUGAAUCAAAACUACUUGGCACCGCGAUAAAGUCAUCAAAAAGAGAGUGUUUUCAGUAAGAAAAGGCCGCCUUUGUGAUUUGUUUGGUGCUGUCGCGGAAAAUGUUACCAUCGCCAUCGAGUCGCUGUGAGUGUGUUUGAAAAGCAAACAAAAGGCCAAUACAGCGCGAAAUAAAUGUGAAAAGGAAGAUUACUUUUGUGUGCCUGGUCUUGUGCCGUUAGGAAUAUAUAUCUUAGCCAGAAUCCUGGGCCAUAAAAACAAAAAUAAAACUCCAUUUCGCGACCAAAGAGCGAGAGAGAGAAGGAGAAAAAAAAAUUUGUGUCUCUACUCCUUGAAAAGGAGUUUGCUGCUGCUCUCCCUUACACUCCCACACUCUGUCGUCCCCCGUCUCUCUUCCUCUCUUGCUGCCUCAUUCGGCCGAGCUGGGUCCGGGGUGUUCAGCAGUGUGUUGCAAAUUAAAUUUAAAUAAAAGUUUAAUUAAUAAUUAAUUCUAAAUCGCCAGAGAGAAAGGAAGUGCAUCCCACUCUCUCUCUCUCUCUCUCUCUGACUCGCUCAGGGGGCAGGAGCGGAAGGAGACCAAAGGAGAAUCAAGAGGAAGCAGCAGACGCAGACGCCGCCGCCGCCACCUCUGCUUGCACCAACACUAACGCAUUUUCUUCUGUGGAAACGGAAUCGACCAAAAAUGUUGUGAUCUCAAGGCCCUGGAGCUGAGGAACCAACUGGAAGCACCAACUUCCCUCCAAAAGGAACACCAGAAGAAGAACCAGAGACCAGAACUGAGGCAGCCACGACGACAACCGGACCGAAAACCAAAUCGAAAUGACUGAGCAGAGCAUAAUCGGAGCGAGAGCCUCCGUGAUGGUGUACGAUGACAACCAGAAGAAGUGGGUGCCCUCGGGCAGCUCCUCGGGGCUGAGCAAGGUGCAGAUCUACCACCACCAGCAGAACAACACCUUCCGGGUGGUGGGACGCAAGCUGCAGGAUCACGAGGUGGUCAUCAACUGCUCCAUACUGAAGGGUCUGAAGUACAACCAGGCCACCGCCACUUUCCAUCAAUGGCGCGACUCCAAGUUCGUCUAUGGCCUUAACUUUUCCAGCCAGAACGAUGCGGAGAACUUUGCCAGGGCCAUGAUGCACGCCCUCGAUGUCUUGAGCGGCCGGGUGGCCAACAACCCCGGGGGUCAACCCACCAACGGUAAUGGCUACGAGGAGGACAUGGGCUACCGCACCAUGACCAGCGAGGACGCGGCCAUUCUGCGCCAGAACAACGGCAUCGGUGGCCACAUCACGCCCUCCGCCCAGACGCCCACGUCGCAGACGAACCAGAACAACAUCCCCCAGAGCCCGCCGACGCCCCAGGGCCACCAUCGCACCAGCAGGAAUUCCCUCAGCGCCCCACCGGCUCCACAGCCCCAGCAGCAACAGCAGCAGCAGCAGGCACAGAUGGGCCAACCAGGAUCCCAUUACGGACCCACCGGGAACGGACCAGCCUCCAACGGCCUGCCGCCGCAGGGCAACCCCCAGCAGAUUCCACCGGCUCCCCAGCAGCCCCAACAGCAGCCGCAGCAGUUCCAGCAGCCGCCGCAACAACAACAGUAUCAGCAGCCACAGAUGGUACCGGUCCAGGGAGGAUAUGCGCCCUCGCAGCAGUACCAGCAGCCCCACUACGUGCUCUCCAAUUCUAAUCCCAAUCUCACUGUGCAUCAAUACCCACCACAGCAGCAGGCCCAGCAGCCGCCGCAGGCGCCACAGCCACCGCUCCAGAACGGCGGCAUGUACAUGGUGGGCCACGGCCACCUGCCCAGCUCCGCGAGCGCCAACAGUGUGGUGUACGCCAGCCAGCAGCAGAUGCUUCCGCCCCAGGCGCCGGCGAUGCCGGGUCCUGGCUACGGCCUGCCCCCCGGGGCCGUACCUCCCCAGCAACAGCAGCAGCAGGCGGAGAAUCCCUACGGCCAGGUGCCCAUGCCGCCGCCCAUGAAUCCGUCGCAGCAGCAGCAGCAGCAGCAGCAGCAGCAACAGCAGCCGCCGCAGCUCAAUCGCAUGAGCAGCCAGGGGGGAGCGGCGGCUCCGGCCCCACCGCCACCGCCACCAAGCUUCGGUGGAGCACCACCUGCCCCGCCGCAGAUGUUUAACGGUGCCCCGCCGCCGCCACAGCCACCGGCACCCCCGGCGCCACCUGCCAUGGGCGGAGGUCCACCGGGGCCGCCAGGAGCUGGGCCAGGUGGGCCGGGGGCACCGCCACCACCACCGCCGCCGCCGGGAUUGGGUGGAGCGCCCAAGAAGGAUGAUCCCCAGGCCGAUCUCAUGGGCUCGCUUGCUUCGCAGCUCCAGCAGUUCAAGCUCAAAAAGAACAAGUCCACAACAUCUGCUCCCGAGAACAGCGGCAGCAGCACCUCUAGUGGCGGCAGUGGCAACUAUGGAACCAUUGGCCGCAGCUCCAAUGGCAUGGCCUCCAUGAUGGACGAGAUGGCCAAGACGCUGGCCAGACGUCGAGCUCAAGCCGAGAAGAAGGACCCUGACCCCGAACCUGAGGUGAAGCAACGGCCCUGGGAGAAGUCCAACACACUGCCACACAAGCUGGGCGCCGGCAGCGGCUCUGGAGGAAGUGGCCAUGGCGGAGCCAACGGCAGUUCGGGUGGAGCUGGAAGCAACACAACGAACAGCGGCGGGGAGUCGCCUCGACCCAUGCGCAAACGCUUCGGCAGCGCCAGCGAAGAGACCAUUCUCAAGGUCAAUGGCGAUGGCCUGUCCCUGGCCCUUUCCAACGGAGACUUGGACACCCUCAAGGCUGAGAUAGUGCGCGAGAUGCGGCUGGAGAUCCAGAAGGUCAAGAACGAGAUCAUAGAUGCUAUAAAAUCGGAGUUUAAUCGAAGAUAGAUUGGCGCACUGUCGGGAUAAUGGCCAGUGGCACCCAUCCUCUCCCUCCGAGAACCCUCACGACUGCUUUUCCAGAAUCAGGAGCCAGGAGAGGAG